AUGGCUGAAUUCACAAUCCAAGACGAGCAGCUUACCGGCCUGAGUGGCAAGGUUGUCGUCCUCACUGGUGGUUCCUCUGGGAUCGGUUUAGCUACUGUGGAUUAUCUUUUGAACCUGGGUGCUUCAGUGGUCAGUGGAGAUGUCCAACCGCCACCAAAGCAACACGAGGGUUCUUUUACUUUUGUCAAGACCGACGUAUCCGUGUGGUCGGACCUCGUUGCUCUUUUCAAAAAGGCAAAGGAAGUCUAUGGUCGAAUUGAUCAUGUCUUUGCGAACGCCGGUCUUGGUCCCCGUGCGGACUAUUUGUCCAUGCAGACUGAUGAUAACGGCGACUUGAUUGAGCCGACCCAUGCUCUUUUCGAUGUUGGCUUGAAGGGCACUCUCAACACUUGUGUUCUUGCUAUUUACCACUUGAGGCAACAACCCGAAGGUGGAAGUAUCGUUAUCAUGGGUUCCACAACUGGACUCCAACGUGUGCGAGCUGUCGACUAUUCAACUGCCAAGCACGCUGUCAUAGGACUCGGUCGAGGUCUCGUUCCUCUCAUCGACGCUGCUAAACUUCCCAUCCGCGUCAACACAUUGGCGCCCAGCUGGACCGAUAGCAGUGUCCUGCCUGAUCUGAAGACCCUACUCGGUGCCAUCAACGUUGAGCUGCAGCCUGCUUCCGAUGUAUCGCGCUGCGUCGCGUUCCUGAUGGCUGAUAACUCUAGAAACGGUCAACUUGUGCAUAUCGAGCUAGGCAAGUAUAAGGAGAUCGAUGAGGCUAUUUUGUUGCCUAUGUGGGGAAAUAUUAAGAGCGAUAAUGUUCCUUGGGAGGAUGAUGUUUUGAGGCGUCUGAGUGAGCUCGCAUAG